AUGAUGUUUUCGUUGCUCUGCGUUUUGUCUCUUUUUGUGACCUCCUUCAUCAACAUCACUCAUUCCAAGGCCGUUCUUGACGUUUCAUUCCUCAACAGGAGCAGUUUUCCCCAAGGUUUUGUUUUCGGGACAGCAUCCUCGGCAUACCAGUAUGAAGGUGCUGCAAGGGAAGGGAGAGUAAAUGCAGUUGUUGUCACUCACUUGGCAAAAAUUUCGGAACUUAGGAAGGACCUAAGUAGACAAUUGUUAAGGAAUGGAGGGAGGGAGAUUCUACCGAAAGGAAAGCUUAUUACAGGUGUAAACCAUGCAGGAAUAAACUAUUACAACAACCUCAUCAACGAGCUAAUGGCUAAUGGUCUACAACCAUAUGUGACCCUUUUUCAUUGGGACGUUCCCCAAGCCUUAGAGGAUGAGUAUGGUGGUUUCUUAAGCCCUGACAUUGUAGAUGAUUUUAGGGACUAUGCUGAACUUUGCUUCAAGGAAUUUGGUGACAGGGUAAAACAUUGGAUUACUUUGAAUGAACCAAGGAGUGUGAGCAAGAAUGGCUAUGCAAAUGGUAGGUUUGCGCCUGGUCGGUGUUCUGAUUGGUUAAAUCUGAACUGCACAGGCGGUGAUUCCGGAACUGAGCCCUAUUUGACUUCACACUACCAACUUCUUGCUCAUGCUGCCGCUGCCAAACUGUAUAAGACCAAGUAUCAGGCAUCUCAAAAGGGUUUAAUAGGGAUUACCUUGAAUUCUGACUGGUAUGUUCCGGUUUCAGAAGAGAAAUCAGAUCGAGAUGCUGCACGUCGAGGCCUUGACUUCAUGUUUGGAUGGUUUAUGGAACCACUCACAAAAGGUGAGUAUCCAAAGAGCAUGCGAUCUAUGUUGGGAAACCGGCUACCAGAGUUCACCAAAGAAGAGUCCAGGCAACUCAAAGGGUCAUUUAAUUUUCUAGGCCUAAACUACUACUCAUCCUUCUAUGCCGCCUAUGCACCUCAUCCACUUGGUGCCAGACCAGCCUUACAAACUGAUUCUCUUGUUAAUGUCACAAAUGAGCAUGAUGGCAAGCUCCUUGGUCCAAUGGCUGCUUCUAAUUGGUUGUGCAAUUAUCCAAGAGGAUUCCGGCAACUGUUGCUUUUCAUCAAGAAGCAAUACAACAACCCCGUAAUUUACAUUACUGAAAACGGUUAUGACGAGUUCAAUGAUCCAACACUUUCACUUGAAGAAAGUCUUAUAGAUACAUACAGAGUUGAUUACUUAUACCGUCAUCUUUAUUAUCUUCAAACUGCAAUCAAGGAUGGUGUGAACGUAAAGGGAUAUUUUGUGUGGUCAUUGCUGGAUAACUUGGAGUGGGACUCUGGCUAUACUGUGCGAUUUGGACUCGUCUUUGUGGAUUUCAAAGAUGGUUUGAAACGCUACCCGAAACUCUCCGCACAUUGGUUCAAGAAUUUCCUUAGUUAA